CACGCGCAGUAGUGUGUGUGUGUGUGUGUGUGUGCAGGAGUGUGCGUGCACGAGCGCGCGCGCGCGUGUGUGUGUGUGUGUGUCCUGUCACGGAGCUGCCGCUGGUGUCGGGAUGAAGACGGAACCGUGUCUCUGAUAAUCCGCCCGCGUUUCCGAGAGAGAGAGAGAGAGAGAGAGAGAGAGAGAGAGAAGUAACUUUAUAUUUAAAAAAGAAGGAGAAAAAAGAAGAAGAGAGAAAGACGAAGGACGGGACGCAGAGACUCAGACACUCUGGGCUCGGGGCCGACUUGUUGAGUUCCUUUCCGUCGCUUCCGGUAUCACCGAAGAAACCGAGAGCCGUGCACUCUUUCACCCUGCGCCUUCCUCUCCACUGGGCUCUCUCUCUCUCUCUCUCUCUUUCUUUUCUUGUCUUUUUUUUUUUUUUGGAAAAGCCGACUUUUUUUAAGGGAAAUGGGUGUUUGAGACUGUUGGCACAUUCCCCUUCACAACAAUGGCCACGGAGUCGUAUCUGGUGCAUGAAGAGGUGAGCCGAGGAGCUGCGCUGCCCGAGUGCUUCCUGGUCCCAGAUACUUACAGGGAUGAGUUCCACCCGUUCAUCGAGGCACUCCUGCCGCACGUGCGUGCCUUUUCCUACACCUGGUUCAACCUGCAGGCACGCAAGCGCAAAUACUUCAAGAAGCACGAAAAGCGUAUGUCCAAGGAUGAGGAGCGUGCCGUGAAGGACGAGCUGCUGGGUGAGAAGCCUGAGAUCAAGCAGAAAUGGGCGUCGCGCCUCCUCGCCAAGCUGCGCAAGGACAUCCGGCCCGAGUUCCGCGAAGACUUUGUGCUCAGCGUGACGGGCAAGAAGCCUCCGUGCUGUGUGCUCUCCAACCCGGACCAGAAAGGCAAGAUGAGGCGCAUCGACUGCCUGAGGCAGGCCGACAAGGUGUGGAGGCUUGACCUGGUCAUGGUCAUCCUGUUUAAAGGCAGCCCGCUGGAGAGCACGGACGGAGAGCGGCUCGUCAAAUCGCCACAGUGCUCCAACCACACCCUGUGCGUGCAGCCGCACCACAUCGGUGUCUCGGUCAAAGAGCUCGACCUCUACCUGGCCUACUUCGUCCACUCGCCAGAAUCAGGACAAUCAGACAGUUCCAGCCAACAGGCAGACUCAGACAUCAAACCCCCACCAAACGGGCAUUUGAGCUUCCAGGACUGCUUCGUCACAUCGGGGGUUUGGAACGCAGCCGAGCUCGUACGAGUUUCACAGACUCCUGUUGCUUCAGCCUCAGGGCCUAACUUUUCAUUGGCCGACCUGGAAAACCCCGGCUACUACAACAUCAACCAAGUAGCGCUAACCCGACGCUCACUGACAUCACCGCCGUCUACUAGGGCUGAGGUGGAGUUGUACGCAAGUCUUCCUAGGAGCUCCACUAAGCGUAAGUCAAUAGAUGACAGUGAGAUGGACAGUCCAGUGGACGAUGUGUUCUACCCCACGCGCUCCCCUGCUGGAACCAGCUCACAGUCCAGUGGUUGGCCCAAUGAUGUGGAUGCAGUGCAGCACCACUUGGCCAGCGUUCAGGAGAGGAAGAUAAAACAUGAAAAUGAUGGCGUGCAGUUCCCGUAUCAUGGGCUGUCCUCUCCCGGGUCUCUAAAGAAGCCGUCGGGGAAAUUCGAUUUCGGCGCCCUGUCGGCUCAGACGAGGUCCCCCCGCAUGGCCUUCACACACCACCCACUGCCCAUGCUGGCGGGAGUGAGACCAGGAAGUCCCCGUGCCUCAGCCUCCGCUCUCCAUUUCCCGUCUCCCUCCAUCAUCCAGCAGUCGAGCCCGUACUUCACCCACCCCACCAUCCGCUACCACCAUCACCAGGAUCCGCUCAAGGAGUUUGUCCAAUUCGUCUGCUCCGACGGCACAGCCCAGCCCGGUGCUCAGCCUAACGGGAGCGGUCAGAGCAAAAUGGCCGGCUCUUUCCUGUUUCCUCCACCUCCUCCGGUGGCACGGCCGGUGCCACUCCCCAUGCCCGACCCCAAACCCAGCCACACACACCCCGACGGGGGACUCGGCUCACCCGCAUCACCCUCAUACUCCUCGCCAAGCUCCACAGCUCCCAACAGGUUUGUCGGCAUCGGAGCACGGGACAACUUUCUAAACAUCCCACAGCAGACGCAGUCUUGGUUUCUUUGACAAGAUCCAUCUGAAACACACAGAUACAAAGUCUAUAGCUGAAACGUGAAACACAAAGCUAGGUAUGGACUGCUUUUAGCUAAUCACUCACAAUCCCUGUCCCUGAUCAACUCAGACCUGCAAGCACCCUGAAACCUUCACCAUGAGCCCUCAACCCAGGAAUCUGGAAAACUUCCAUAUGAGUCUUCAAAAACUACAUGAUUCUGCAAAUCUGAAACUGGAAAGAGGAAAAAAAAACAUUGAAACUGGGAAAACAGCAACACAAAAAGCGGGAGUGGAAAACAGAUUUGUUUCCAUUCUGAAUGAAGAAGAGGUUUCAUCAUAAGAAGUCUUUGUAAUGGUAUCAAGGUGACUUGAGUAUUGACCAAUAUUUUCUUCCUUCCUUUUAUUCAUUUUUAAAUCGUCCACCAACCAUGCAGCGGGGCCAAACCAUUCUGCUUUCACUCCAUCACAGGUAGAUGAAAUUAAACCAUUUCUGAUAUUUUACAUCCAGUGAAAAUGAAGCAAAGCGUGAAACCAGGAUGGGUUCAUCCACAUGCUCCACAUCAAGCUACACUUGAUUCUCAAACAUCUGAUUGGACAAGCACUACAAAAGACUCCCCAGCAUCCUGUGCUUUGGGAUUGGCCCAUCAUCAUGACUGACAUUAUCAAAUCAUGGGUGUGUCCCAAAUACUGGAAUGUUAAUAGUAAUUCGUAGUAAUUAAAUUCAACAAAAAGACUACAACAAAGGUCUGAAACGUUACCACACUUGAAUUCCAAUCUGAACAGUCGCUAUUUUAAGUUUAUUUAUUAAGUUUCAUCAACGCAUUUAACCAACGAUAUACUUUCAAUCUACUGUAUCUGAAGUGUGUGUUAUUACCACGGAGCAGAAUUUCAACACUGAAAAAAGAACAGAAAACCUGUCCACCCAUCUUCAUUAACAGGAAAUGAUAGAUAUAGCUAGAGAUAGAGGUGUGACACCUGCCAAGUCCCAUCCACCAGCCAAUGCUCACCUAUCAUACAAUGGUUACCAAUCAAGGAUGGUGAGGUCUAGCACACGUUUUCUCUGAGACACUUGAAGCCAUGCUCAUGCUAUGUGAAAAUUAACACACUCUAAGGAAAACGCUAUCUGCCCUGUUCUAUAUACUUGAGCUCACAGAUGCCUCCGAUUGGCUAGUCUCUCUGUGAUUGAUGAGAGAGAGAGAUAGUGUGCAAUCUCUCUCACCCAGAGAGCACAGCCAGUUUUGGUCUCUUGACCCCUGGCCAUGGAUGGCUGUGGUGUUGCUGUCAUGAUCUCAGCCCUUCAGGAGUGAGAGGGACGUUUUUAAUCAUGUAGCCACUCAUUUUCUCUGAAUGAACACAAUGAAUAGAAAAAGCUAGACUGAUUUCAUGUUGCAUCAGUUAGGCGUCUUGCUGUCAGACUAUACCAAGCCAGGCGUGGUCAGGCCAAACGCAAGUUAAUCUGGCCUGGUUGAAAAAAAGGAGAACAUACUUGACACAGGAACGAGAAAAAAGCUGACCACUAAUUAGCAUCAGAGAAUGGCUAGCAAGAGAAUGGGAUAAACCAGUACAAAAAUAUGAUGUUCUUUUUUCUGCCAACACUUCUAUUUGUACACUACCGCAAAGUAUGUCCUUUCAAGUUUUUCAGACGGCCAUGACGGAACAGCUCUUCUGUCGAACACUAGAGUUUGGGACACACCCAAUGUUAAGGCCCGGUCACACAGCACUCCGCGUCUAUAUCACGUACAAAAAGAUACAAAAAUCUGGUGGACGUGGUCGUAAGUGGUAAUUUUUGGUCAAUUUUUGGCUUUGCCGUGCUUUGUACGGGGUAUGGCCGUCGGCGGCUGUUUCACUGCUGCAGCACUGUCAAAUCACGGGUAACCGCGGCUCAGCAUCGUUGGAAGAGCGGCUUGCUGCGCAUAUAAAAGCGGUAGGAUAUGUUGAGCCUGUAUCAGUCGGUUCUGUUGGUGCUGGAGCAUUAAGAUGAGGACAUCACAGCGUUGAGGGUUCAUGUUCACCCCUUGACAUCUAGACUGCAAGUGCCGAGGUCUCAGAAAAUUACGGUAUUUACAUGCCGCAAAUCAGAAGUGAUGCAGAAGUGAUUAGACAGUGAUCAAUCGAAUUUAGAACUUGUUUGAGACGUCGUUUAACGGGCUUAGACAGUGGUAUGUACGCGGAAAAAUCCAUUUCUCAGUGAUAAGCCGCUAAACACACGCUAUAUCCCGUGAUACCAACGCGUAACACCCGUCCGAUGACCGUGCUCUGCCCGUGAUAGACCGCCAAACUUUCGCGUCUUACCACGUCUCCCCAAGUUUUAAUAACGGCCGGGACACUGAUUAUCACGUGUUUUUCACGUGUGUUGCACGUCUUUACCACGUGUGCCGGCCGUGGUUGUCCGCGGUCUAAAGUUUUGAGCAGUCCAAAACUUUUUGCCGCGUCCGACGCCGUUCCGAUUUUCCCCUGCGUCCUGUCACGUCUGUAUAUCGACUGUAACACGUCUUAAGUUCGACAUCAACACGAACAACAUCGUCUGCUUCACGGGAGAGCACUUUUUGACGGGUUUUGGCCGUGAUAAAGCCGUAAAGCGCUGUGUGACCGGGCCUUUAGCAAUGCACAAAAAACCCUGCACAUAUGAACAUGAAAUCGGAUAAGGGAUGCUUGGGGAGGUUGUCAGCCACGACAUACAACAAACCUCGAGAUACUCGACAUUAAUUACACUAAUAAACAGGCUUUUGUUAGCAAUAAACCAAGGACAGUGACGCAUUAGCGAAAAUAGUGUUGUAAAGCCUUUAUAAAUUAUAAAUGCACAAAUUCAGCUUUUAUGACCAACCAUCAUGCGUAAAAAAAGAUAAUGACUUUGCACCACUUCCAGCAGUAACUGUUUCUCUGCGCAUACUUCAGUUUUCAGUGCAACCACACAUACACCAGUAGAAAUCUUCAGAAAAAAAGCCUUUGUUUUGCCUCUCUGUCUUUCUCUAUCUCUCUUUCUCUCUCUCUGCUGAAAGUGGGUUUUUGUUUUGGUUUGCAGUAGUUUAACUGGUUUUCAUUUUGUGUCAUCUGUUAUUUUCUUUUACAGAAUUAACUGCAUGAGAGUUUAACUUCUUUCAGGUUUGCUUUUAAAACAUAGCAACAGUAACACAUACGAUUUCUACCCAGUAUUUUUUUUUGGCUUCAUCAUCCAUACUUCAUCCUUCCCUACUGCAUGUCCGAUCACUCUUAUUAUCUUAUCAUCAGCGCUCACUUCCUGUCCGGAGUCGGUUUUACAUUACUGACAUCACUUCCUCUAUUCCGUGCACUCUUUAUUUUUUUCUUUCUCUCUCUCUCUGUAGUGCACUACAGUACAGACGGAUUUGGUCGAGGCCCUCAUUAUAGACCGUUCUCCAGAUCACGCACACAAACGUUGCACUAUGAUAUAUAUAUAUAAGAUCGAAAACAACUUUCGUUCCCCCGUUUUAUGAUUUACGUUCCUUUUCUUGAAUGUGAAUAAUCGAACAAACCCGGUCACAGCGUUACACUGUGUAUAUCUACAUCCUGACAACACCAUCGACAUCACAAAAUAACUGGACUGCCCGGCUGUCAGUCACAUGUCAGGGAUUCUGCUUAUCAUUAGCCCCGCCCCCUGCCUGGCGAUUCCAGUCCGCGCAGCAAAGUGCCUCCCUUUCUGUUUUUUUUUUUUUUUAAAUGCAACCUGGCAUUGAAUUCAGGGUCUGUAUUUCAUGUAUAAGCUACAGAAUUAAUGUACAAUAUGUAUCAUGGCUUAGCAAGAACCAGAAGACUGGAAACAUCGCUUUUAUAAAUAUAUAUUAUCCAGACAUAAAGAUCAUACUCGUACGUGCUGUGUAUAUAUAUGGAAAUAUGUAUAGUAGCUCUUCUUUGGAAUACGGCAGUCUAGUUAUUUUUUGACCUUUCACCCCAGUUCAUAUCAGUCGUCUUCCAAACAACAGUCCUCACAACCCUUAAAAUAAAUAAUGUAAUAUCAUGGUAUUAUCACUUAUCAUUCAUACAUGGUACAAGACUGAUUAAAAAUAUCAGUGUUAGUAUUUAAAGGAGGAAAAGAGAGUGAGGUGUUUGUGGGCCGAGGGUGCAAACCUGUGAGUCUGUACGAGAAUUUUAAGAACUUUUUUUUUUUUUUUAAGUCCGCUCGUCCUGGACUCUAAACUCAAGGGCCAUGAACACUAUCCCAAUCUUUAUAAAAUAUUGGGUUUUUCUUUUCCCCUUCAUUUACCUUUAACUUUUUUUAUGUUAUAUUUGUAAUCAUUUUGUUUUUAAACUAUUAGGGAGGGUGGAACGAACAAUUUUAGAAAACUGUGUAUAACAGUACGUACGAUCCUGGUGCAUGUUCACGUGGGUUCAGUCUAUGAUUAUACUUUCUCUUCAGACACUUUUUAGAGGGUGUGUCAGUCAGUGCUCUUCUUCAGUGUGCUCGCUGGGGGGGUGGGGUUCGUAGUUUUCCAGGUUGUGACAAAAGGCAUUUUAUUUCAACCUUUAAGAAGAUCGUAUUUAAUUCCGUCAACCUUACGUUCCCGAUACACGCAGAGGUUGUUUUGUCCAGCUCAUUCACUUUUUAAAACCCCGGGAUUUUAGAACGGUUCAACUCAUUGACUGUAAAUUAAAGAACUGCGUAAUUAAUCAGCAAAAGUGUUUUUUGCCUUUGUGAUGAUUUGAAAGAUGUCGUAAUGAGUAUUUGUAGAAGUUCUUGUAGUUUUUAGACAAUGUAAAGACGGGUUCCUGGAGGAGAAGGAACGUUCCAGAGAAUCAUGGAAUCGUCUGGAAGAAUGAAACGUAGACGGGCUUCAUCCCAAAACCUCCUCCCUCCUGACCCUCAACCCCCUGCCUUCCACCACCCCCCUCCUCCUCCUCUUCUAACCCUCCCCUUCAAAAUGUAAAUGACCCUCUUCCUAGUGCUUGUGAUUAGUGUAGUGUGGUACUAAGCCAGCAUUUAAAGGUUGUUCCCUUCAAAAGUGCCUUUUGUUCACAGAGUCCAUCUUGUAAAACAUGAUUCUUAAAAAAAAAGGACAAAAAGUUUUCGCCCCAUCUUUCCUCAUCCACCCUUUAUUUCAGUCUUUCGAAGCCGUAUAUAUAUAGUAUAUAGUAAUACAGGAAAUGGAUGUGAUUUAGUUCUUUUUAUUGUUCGAUACUGAAAAAAAAUGUAAAGGCAAAAAAAUUCUUUCUCUGUCCUUUUGCCACUUUCCUUCUUUUGCGUUACUGGAGAUGUUGUACAAGACGUCUGUCUUACCCCAUCGUACAUCCGCCCUCCCCCCACCCCGAAAACGAGGCUUUUAUAAUUUUUUUUUUCCUCUUGAGCAGAAUAUCCUUGUCUGUAUGCUUGUUCUUGUUACGCCAUACCGAUCUCUCUCCUGUUCUGCCGCUUCUCCGUUUCUACUGCUAGUGUAAGUGAAAUGUGGCCGUCCGGGCUCCGUGGGGUCAGGUUACAGUUCCACGCAGCCCCUGAGUACCAACGUGCCAUUAUGGAGGUUGGAGGAUGAACAGUACUAAUAUUUUCAAUUGGCUUCCACGGAGCUGUGUGUCGAACGGCUUUGCUGUAAACACAGGACACCGGGUGAUAUCAAGCAGCUCAGUGUUAUUUUUUUUUCUAAUUUAUUUGUUUGUACUACGAUUUUAUACUAUUUUUGAAAUUUUUUGAUGCUUUUCUAUCAGGGUAUGGUCCAGAAGAUUCUCUCCAAGGGAAAAGUGGACCUUAAAAUAAAAAUAUAAAAAGCACCUUUCUUUAUUAGAAGAGCCAGCCUGCUUUUAAGAAACUGUUGACUGAUGACUUGCUGAAAGCACCUUAUGAGGCAGAAUGCACUUAAUGUGAAAUGCACUUAAAUAUGGAGAAUGUCCAGGUUUUUUUUUUUUAACGUACCACAUUUCAGUCCAUUGUAACGGAAGAUUGACUUGAGUUCAGAAGGUGUGUUUAAUCUAACCGAAGUCAGUAUUAAUAUUACAGAGGAUGAUAGAUUGCUUAUAGAGUGGACCUUUUUUAAAUUUAAAAAAUUGUUUAAAUUGUAGGACAUGGAGCAUCUACCAGAAUAUUCCCACUCUGGCAUAACAUCAGUGGAAACUAAUCACUUCUAACUGCCUUGUGUUUUUUAAUUUUAAUAAUUUUUUUGUUUUGCUUCGUUAUGUUUUCAUACUUUUCUGAGCUGCAGAACUUUUCAACACAUUUCUUGUCUUAGCGCCCCCUAGUGGAUCCCGGUGUCCUGCGCUUACAGAAAAAGCUCGUGUUUCAGCUCAAGACCCCUCAGAGCCCGCUGGCAAUGUGCAUGUGUUAACUACAGAUUCUUUUUCCAUUAUAAAGAAUAAAAAAAGUUUGUAAAGAGCAAUUGGUUGAAUAAAUGAUGUUCUUGACUGCAGAAAA